ACGAAAAUAUUUCUAAACUCGGGUUUAUUUAUGUGUGUUUUUUGGUUUUAUGUUUAUCUGAGGAUAAGACUAUUACCUUUACAUAUACUAUUUUUUUUCUAAUAUUCAAUAUUUUGGUAUAAAUAUAAAAAGCAAGACAUUCAAAACAUUACCAGCCUUAUUUUCUUUCCUUUCUUCUAUAACAGCUUAAUCUUGUCUCAUUUUAUAACAAUACGAGGCUAUAAUAUUGCUUGAUUUAUUUAUUUGAUCACUUGUACACUGCUUUCUGUGUAGAUUAUAUAUGAUAGAACAAUUAUUUCUGCCUUAUACAUAAUGGUGUCAGCUGUACAGUUUCCUUUUUAACAUUUUGAGUGCAAGAUUGCUUGAGAUCAUAUAAUUCAAUAUCUUUAUCUGACAAAAAGACGAAAUAAAAUUUAUCAGAUUCUUCUGAGCUUGUAUGCAUUGAGAAUAGCAACAUUAGCGUGGGUUAUGAUGCGAUUGUGCUCAAGAGUGGUUGGGACGAGUAUGGAAUUUCUUAUAGCCGACCAACCACAAACGUUCACAUCAGGAAUGUUCACCUUCAGUCUUCUUCCGGCUCAGGUCUGGCUUUUGGCAGUGAGAUGUCUGGUGGCAUAUCUAACAUACUUGCAGAGCAUCUUCACCUUCAUGAUUCAUUCAUUGGCGUUGAAGUCAAAACAUCAAGAGGUAGGGGCGGUUACGUAAAAGACAUUCUUAUAUCAGAUGUGGAGAUGGCAAAUGUUGAUAUUGCUAUUGAGGCUACAGGUCAAUUUGAUUCUCACCCAGAUGAGAAAUUUGAUCCGGAUGCACUUCCAGUUGUCCAACUCAUCACAUUCAAGGACAUAGUUGGCACAAACAUCACUACUGCAGGGAUGUGUCCCAGUAGCAGGCGCAUGUAUGUUAGUUGCGGGUGCAGGUGCUGGGCAAGCCAACAUCACACACAACAGAGUGUGCGUGGUCGGCGCGGGCCAAUCACGGCCAGAAGCAGCGUCAAUAUCGCAAAGGUUGGAGGCAAAACGGGCAGGUCAAGCGAGGUGAGGAGUGGCGCACACAGGGCAGUGUGACGGCUGGCUCUCGCGUGGGACGACGGGCACAAGACAGUGUGGUAAGGGGCAGUGGCAGCUCACGGCGGUGUUCUGCAACAUAAGGGAAGUCGAGGGAGGCGAGGUGGAAGUCGUCGUCGUCAAGGAGGAUGUCGUCGGGGAACCGGAAGAAGGUCGCGAACUGGGCGCGACGGUGGUGGGAGCAGCGGGUGGGGGUGUCUGCCAGCUGAUCCAUGUCUGUGAGGCCGGAGUGUAUGGCGGCGAUGGACUUUCCGGCGAACGACUUGUCGGAAAAAAAGUUGCUGACUGAUGGUUAAAGUAUUCCUUCGGCAGUGCAAGGAAGGCUCCGAGUCGGGCUGCGAUAUGAAGGCAAACCCGCCGGAGACUCGGGAGCAAUAUGGCGAAGAACUCGAAGUUAAAGUGUAGAAAAUUCCAGCGGGCAGCGAAGGCAAAGUUGCCGGCCGGCUGCCCGCCGGUGAGAAAAAAAAUAGGCCUAAAUCUUAUUGCUCUGAUACCAUGUUAAAAAAAAUACUGUAUUAUUGAUUGUUUGAUCUUGAUGU